AGUGUGAGCAGAACUCACAAUCGUAAAACAAUAUCAGUUUGUUAUUGGAACUGUAAGUUGAAGUUUGAAAACAGUUUCUGAAGGAAAGCUCAAGAUGUCAACAAAAUCUACACGAGCUUCAUUUACAGUGAAAAAAUACAUCCCGAUCGUGAGAUUAUGGGGGAAUUACAACAAACUCUCUUUAUUAUCCGAUGUGAUUGCUGGAAUAACUGUAGGAUUGACAAUGAUUCCACAAAGUAUCGCAUAUGCUGCUCUGGCUGGUCUCACACCGCAGUAUGGUCUGAACUCGGCGUUUAUUGGGUGUUUUGCGUACGCAGUGUUUGGCACGGUGAAGGAGGUGUUCAUUGGUCCCACAGCUAUGAUGUCCCUGCUCACCGCCUCCUACACCAAUCAUUUGAAUGUUCACUUUGUCGGUGUCCUCACACUAUUGUCUGGACUUGUCGCCGUACUAUUUGCACUGCUCAAACUAGGUUUUCUCAUGGAUUUCAUCUCAGCGCCAGUGAUAUGCGGGUUUGUUUCGGCUGUGGCUAUAAUAGUAGGCACCACGCAACUGAAAUACAUUCUAGGCAUAGCGGGAAAGUCAUCGGGAUUCAUUGGAAGUGUUAAACUUAUAGCUAACAAUCUGGGACAAAUAAGGCUCUCCGGGGACUUGAUACUUGGAGUCACAUGUAUUAUAGUACUACUUCUUAUGAAAGAAUUGAAGGAUGUGAAAUUGCGAACAAAACGCAAAAGCAGAUUAGAGAAAGCCAAAGCCGAAAUUGUGAAUAAAAUAAUCUGGUUCAUAUCCACAAGUCGCAAUGCUAUAGUGGUUAUUGUGUGUAUGAUAGUUACAGCGUGUUUCCAAAAAUACUGUACUCAUAUUCCAUUCACACUCACUGGCGCUGUGGAUUCUGGUAUUUCCUCGUUCAAGAUACCAAACUUGAAUACAACUAUUAGCAAUAGCACUUACACAUUCACUGAUAUGGCAAUGGAGAUUAAAACUGGAAUCAUUAUAGUUCCACUAAUCGCUGUUAUCGAGAAUAUCGCUAUAGGCAAAGCAUUUUCGAAAAGCAAAUCAGUGGAAGCCCAGCAAGAAAUGAUAGCAUUGGGAAUUUGCAACAUGUUGGGAGCGUGCUUUGGUGCCAUGCCCACUUGUGGUGCCAUCUCUCGCAGUGCCGUCGCAAGUUCCAGUGGGGUCAGGUCACCUCUAUCUAGUCUAUUCUCAGGAUUGUUGGUGCUUCUAUCUAUAUCGUUUCUAAAUCCGUUCUUCCACUUGAUUCCUAGAGCUACUUUAUCGGCUGUCUUGAUCUGUGCCGUUAUCAACCUUAUUGAAUGGCAUCUUCUACUUGAAAUGUGGCCUAUAAAAAAAUUCGAUUUCGCUUUAACAAUCAUCACACUGUUCAUAAGUCUUAUAAUGGGUGUGGAGGUUGGACUUAUAAGUGGGGUGGCCAUCAACUCAUUAUACCUGCUUCAUCUGUGGCAGGCAACGAAAGUAUCGUUUCAAAUUGAGCAGAUAGGAGAGGAUCAGUAUUAUUUGUUGGUGGUGCCUGAUCGAGGUCUCUACUUCCCAGCAAUUGAUAGUUUGAGAAAUGGAAUCUUGAAAAAAAUUGAAGAUGGCCAUAAUUCGAGAACGGAUUUGAUAGCUGUUGCAAUCGACUGUCAGCAUUUCAUUGGACUAGAUUUCACUUGCGUCAAAGAACUAUGCGCUCUUGUCUCUGAACUGGAGAAAAGUGGUCGAGGAAUGCAUUUCAUUGUGAAUAGCAAUUCUUCGAAUAGAGACAUAAUAGAUCAGUUGAUGCAAGGAUACAGCGGAACAGAAUCGAAUCCAACAUUGAUCUGCACUAGCAGAAAACAUUUGGAAAGUGUUAUAAGAGGUAGCAUAAGGUUUGCUCAACCCAUAAUUCACAGAGGUCAUGAAGGAGAGGCUGAGAAGAAUCGCUCUGAGGAAGCUGUAUCUAUGAUUGAAACUAUCACAUCAAAACCAGAAGUAGUUUAAAAAGUUUUUAACUUGUUAAGAAAUUUCUACCGAUGUGGAAAGCUAUGUAAAGGAUUUACAAGUGAAUGAUUUUAAAUGUUCAAUAAAUAUUUCUAAUAAUCAAAAAUGUCCUAUAUCC